AUGAAUUCUCAGAAGAGAGAAAGAACUAAGCUCAAAGGUGAAUACAAGGAAAGUAUGAUAGUAAUUAGGUCUAAAGUGAUCGGAAGAAGAUGUGUGUCCCUGAUCCGACUGCUGUCAAGCUCCUUUUAUAGCUCCAGAAUCAGCUACGAUCCACCUCCGCGUAUCUCGCCACGUGCAGCUAACGAUCCCGUGCCGACCUGGUCCUUGAUCGAGCUGGAGCUCGUCUUUACGUCGACCGGAAUAGCUCGGAUGGCAGUUAACUGGCUUACGAGGGAGUCGCUUGGUGGGCUCGAGGUCUUCUUGCUGGGCUUGAGUGGGCCUGGACUUCAAUCUUGGAUCAAGAUCGCGAACGAAUCUUGUCAACUCGCUGCAAUCUCGCUACCCGAGCUCCUCGAGAACGGAUAUCGCGUGUUACCGAGAUUCGAAAUGAUUAUGUUUUCGAAUCGGACGGUUCAGAUUGAGGAGAGCGAAGAGCCCGUGCGGCUGAGAUCCGUCUGGGACCCACAGCGCGUCACAUCAUCAGCUCGUCGCAUGCAAGCGGUUAAGAUCUGUUGUUUCGAUUUCGAAUUUCUCCAAAACCUCCUUCAACCUCUUUUUCCUCCGUCUCCUCCUCCGAUUACAAUGCCUCCGAAGGUAAUCGUCAAGCAAGAGAAGGGAAAGGCCGUCGACCCCGGUGGCGACGGGAAGUUUACGCCGCACGCCGAGACGGCGCUCGACGCCGAAAGCCUAGACACCUUCCGUCAGGAUUUCGGGAUCCCGGACGAGAUAAGCUCGUCCUGCCGGCUGAGGGCGAGGACCCGGAACAUGUUCGUCCGGGGUUUUGCUGCGCCUACACGUCGUAUUGGCGGAGCGCCGGGAUGA